GACUGGGACAAAAUGCAUUGGACAGUCAAAAAUGAGGAAGACUGGGGAUGUCCUCAAUGACAGCCAUGCAGAAGUGGUGGCCAAGAGGAGUUUCCAGAGGUGAGUGAGGCACACAGUUGGGGAAUUGUGUUCUGCAAUGCUUGACAGAGUUCCAGUGGUAAGGUACUGGCAACAUAACAACAGCAGCAGCAACAACUGCACUUACAUACUGCUCUUCUAGACAGAUUAGUGCCUCACCCAGAGUGGUGAACAAGUUAGUAUUAUUAUCCCCACAAUACAGCUGGAGAGCUGGGGCUGAGAGGAGCGGCUUGCCCAAGGCAGUAGUGGGAUUCGAACCAAUAGAGUGCAGAGUCGCAGCUGAACAACUUAACCACUGUUCUACAGCAGCACGCUUUUGCAGGCUGUGUAGCCUGGCUAAGCCCUGUCCUUCAGGAAAACAGGAGUGUUUCCUCCUGGGCUCCUGUCCUCUAAGGCAAUGCUGCUGGUUAUUGUUUUGAGGAAAUGGUGCUGCUCCCCGGAACACAUUGGUCACUGAAGAGCUGUAAAAAUUUAAUAUAUAAGAAAACUGACAUGCACAUAUCCAGUUGUGUUAGCUGUGUAUGCCUUCUUUCUGAUGAAUAUCUAUGAGUGACUCAUCCACUUUUGUGUCCUGGGCCUUUUUAGAUCCAGGUUCCUGGGCCUUUGAAAAUCACUGGCGAGUGGCCCUACAGGAACGGACAGUGUAGCUCAAAUAAGACAUCAAACAAUUGGCAAUAAAAGCAUUUCUUAGACCAAAACGCUUAGGAAGGUCUGCACUGUUGCAGAGAGAAAAGUCUCCUGGCAUUAUGCUUAUCUCUCAGGAUCCUCUUCUUGCUUUUUUACUCUCUUCCAUGUGCAACUCAAUGUUUCUUGAAAUAAUUAGGACAGAAGGCUAUCUGAAAAAGCAGAUCUCAAGCUUUAAUAUGUAAUUAUUUCAACUUAGAUAGAAUUAAGGACAUACUUGACCACAGGAAGUUGGAAAAAAUACAUGGAAAAAUAUAGUUAAAGUUCUGAUACUUUCCAAAAUAAUUGAAUGAUUUAGAUAUCACUUGUAUUAAUGAAACUUCUGGAGUGUAUUUUAUACACAUUUUGGCAUAUAAAGCAUACUACUGACUAUAGCUUUCUCUAGAAAAGAGGUCUGAAAUAUUCAUUAAAUAUUUAUAUAGCCUAUAUUUAUAUAGGCUAACAAGCAGCACAAAUGGCAAGGACAUAAAAAUAUAGUUUGUUGACAAGUUAAAAACAGUGCAGAGCUUAAAAUUGUAAAGAUUAAAAACACACAAGAUGAAAAUAUAGCCAGAACUGCCAAAACAGCUUAUUCUCCCCGCAAAUGCCUUCCAAAGUCUUUCACGCCUUCCUGAAUGCAGCAACUGAAAGCAUCCUCCACACCCGUUCCAGAGGAUUGGACCUACCAUAGAAAAUGUUCAUAGCUUAACUGUCGCUAUAGGGACAAUCCUCAGAGUGGGUACCACAAGAAGAAAGUUGUCUGAAUAAUGUAGCUGGCACGCAGAAGUAUCCUGGGAGAUACAGUUUGGUAAGUGUGAGAGCCCGAGGUCAGUUAUAUCGGCGCAUGUUAAACUGUCUCACAUUCACACUGUUGUUGUCCCUUUGUGUUUAGAACAAGAUUUAAGGGGACUGAUUGGAACUACUGAUGCCCUUGACUCAAUAUAAGAAUGCAAUGUACACAGAUGUUUAAUAGCUGUUGCUAAAAAGUUUAAAGCAAUCUUGUAUGUAUUUCAAAGGCGCAGGAAACACGGAAGGCUUCCCUCGUUCCUUGGAGGGGGAUUUCCCCCCUUUGCAGACUUCAUUGGCUUUUUCAGGGGGAUGGAAGGUGCUGCUUCCCAUCACCUUUGUAGAGCAACCUGGCAAUCCUGCUAGGCUCAGGGCCUGGAGAGGAGAGGUGAGGGCGGUGCUCUGGUUCCUGAAGAAGUGCUUCUCUUUCCCACUAGGUACCUCCUUCACCAGCUAUGGCUGGCCGCUGUGCACCAAGAGAAAAGCAUCUUUAUCCCAGGAACUGAGCAAGGGAAAUGGAUCCUCAGAUCACACAUCGACUUCGUUUUUUUCUCCAGCCACACUCCUUGUGAGUGGGGAUGCCUCCAUUAUCCCAGUGACAGAAGAGGAAGCGCAGCCCUGUGGGUCCCUGAGUCCAGUGCAAGCUCCCAGGGACAGUGUUGGCGCUGGAGGGCACUGUGAUGAAAGGGCAACUGAAGAGGCAGCAGUCAGCCCCGCCAAGAGAACAAAAGUGGAUGCCCAGGAUUCAGCAGGGGGGGCUGUCCAUCAUAUCUCUUGGUGCAGUGCUGAGCUCCUUGCAGCCAACCCUAGCCCAGGCAAAGUGAUGGAUGUCCACAGAACUGGGGCGAAGUGUGUGCCAGGAGUUGCGGGAGAUUCCCGGCAGCCUGGCAGCGAGUACCAUACUGUGGGACUUCUGCGGAUAAAGCCGGGCCGCGGGGCCAGAACUGUCUCCAUGUCUUGCAGUGACAAGCUGGCUCGCUGGAAUGUGCUGGGCUGGCAGGGUGCCCUCCUGAUGCAUUUCCUCCAGCAGCCCGUAUAUAUGUCUGCUGUGGUAGUGGGAGGCGAGUGUCCCUACAGCCAGGAGGCCAUGGAGAGGGCCAUUGUUGCCCGGUGUCAGCAUGUUCUGCAUUUACCAGAUGGUUUCCAGGUAUACAAGGUGAAAACCCUACAGUCCCAUUUGCAUUUUAACCACAGCCGGCAAGCAGUUGAGGGCAACUGUAUUCCAAACCAAGGGAAGGUGGUUCCGUGUGGUGCAGCCAUCAGCUGGAGUAUGGUUCCUGAACGCCCACUCGAUGUCACUUCAAAUGGCUUCAGGCAGGGGACAACCAAGAAAGGAAUUGGCAGCCUCAAGUCUAGGUCUCACAUCUGCAAGAUAGAACUGUUCCAUGAAUUCCUGAAGCUGGUGGCCCAAAUUCCACAGGAGAAUCUGCCUGGAACUCUCAGAGACCAGAGACUGCGGACCUACUGGGAGUACAAGGAAGCUGCUGCCGAUUACCAAGUGGCUUGGGAGGUGCUGCGCAGGCAGGCUUUCAGUUCCUGGGUGAGGAACAGCCGGGACUACCUGAACUUCACCUAGAAGGAAGGAAGGAGCUCUGCCGGGAUACUUAGGCAAGAAGGCUUUAGCCCCAGUUGACUCUGCAGCCAUAACUGUGACCCACGGGUAGGCAAGGAGGUGGGUGCCGCUUGGCUUGCUUGUUCAACAGCCAGCACAUUUGUUGCCUGACAGGACUGGAUCUUUCAAGUUGCUGAAUUUUGGAUUUUGCUACUGUAAGGUCAAUAAAUCUUUUUGAAAGACUCA